CACGACAUUCUUUUGUUGUUGCUUGGUAUAUAAAUACUUGUUACCAUCCUGUCAUCUUUUCAAGCAUCGACCCUAUACCGAUCGAGCUUCUUCUAACUAAAUACGAGUAGACCCUUUGUCUCUAAUUGGCUUGUAAAGUAGAUACAAAACAAGAAAAAUGGAGCCUAUUGGGGCAACUCUGGAAGGAGAGUGGAGCUCUCUUAGUGGGAUGUAUACACAUGAGGAGGCUGAUUUCAUGGCACAAUUGCUUGGUAGUUGCCUUGAUUCGACUUCGGGUUUUGGAGUUUCAUCCUCUUCUUUAUGGUCUAGCCAUGAAUCAGGAAUGAACAUGGCUUCAGGGGUCAAUGAAGGUUCAAUUCAUUCUUUAGAAAUUGCUAAUACUAAUACUGAUACUAAUCCGUAUAAUUUUUCACAAGGGAAUAGUAGUAGUUGUAGUGGCGGCAGCAGUUAUCUUUUUUCCGGCUCAUCGAGUCAAGAAAGCUACUACUUGAGUGAUUCUAACCCAGUUUUGGUUAACAAUAAUAGCUCAAUGUCAAUGGAUUUAUACAUAGGAGAUGUAACAAACGCUGCUUCCUAUCUCGUCCAUGGUGAUGAUUGCUCGAAUCAAGAAACAAGCAAUGGCAUUGCUGUUGAAGAAUCUGCUUUGCCUGAUGACAUUUUGCAGCCUAAGAACGAAGAAGAGAAGCCAAUGCAAGAGCCACCAGCAGAAGAUAAAAGCAGCAAUCCAUCUGAGGUUUCAAAGAAACGAUCACGGAAUGCAGAUGCUCAAAAGAACAAGAGGAAUGUAAGGUCAAGAAAGAACCAGAAGCUUGCAUCUAGCAGUAAUGAUGAUCAGAAAAGUAAUGCGGGACUUAAUGGUCCUGCAUCGAGUAGCUGCUGCUCGGAGGAUGAGUCAAAUGCUUCUCAGGAGCUCAAUGGAGGUGCUAGUUCAAGUCUGAGCUCAAAAGGGGAUGCAGCUCUUAACUUGAAUGGCAAAACAAGAGCCAGUCGGGGUGCGGCCACCGAUCCUCAGAGCAUCUAUGCCAGGAAACGAAGAGAAAGAAUAAAUGAGAGGCUUAGAAUUCUGCAGAAUCUGGUCCCCAAUGGAACAAAGGUCGAUAUUAGUACAAUGCUUGAAGAAGCAGUACACUAUGUAAAGUUCUUGCAGCUCCAAAUUAAGCUGCUAAGCUCUGAUGAUCUAUGGAUGUAUGCACCACUUGCUUACAAUGGAAUGGACAUUGGACUUGACAAGCUUACUGCAUCAAGAUGAUGGUUGAAAUAAGAAAAAAGGAUGGUGCUUCAGAUUUCUGUUAAAAACACGUAUGAAAGUUGCAGAUAAAGUUAAAUAAACAUUCAUAACAGUGGCUUACUGUGUACAAGUAUAGAAUCCCUCUUAGAAAAAUGCAAGAGAAGAAAAUCAUCUAGAAAUAUUCAUCAAACCUUUCAUUUUGUCACUUUGAUGAAGUGGAAAUUAUUCGAGCAGAGCCUGUUCUUCUGUGUAAAAAGGUUGUUCCUUUGGAGAAUGUAUGUAUUUCAGUAAUAGAACAGUCGGGUAUCGAUUGAUGUCAUCCUUCUGCUGAUACCAAACCAGAGAAUCUUAAAGA